AUGGCGGCGCCCGUGCUGCGCGGGUGCUGCCUUAGAAGGUGUUGGGCUUUAGCCUGCAUUGACAGCGGUUCUCGCCACGGAAGAGGGGCUGCGACUGGGUUCACGUCCAGCGGGAAAAGGGGACAGAGCUUCGUGGCUCAGCAGCCCCUCCUUACGGCCCAGAAGUCAAGGAAAGGCGAACACAAAUGGGCAGCUGUGGUAGGUUUGGAAAUUCAUGCCCAGAUUGCCUCCAACUCUAAACUCUUCUCUGGAUCUCAAGUCCACUUUGCAGCACCUCCAAAUUCUUUGGUAUCUUUUUUUGAUGCAUCUCUGCCUGGAACUCUGCCGGUUCUCAACAGGAGAUGCGUCGAAGCGGCGGUGAUGACAGGCCUGGCACUGAACUGCCACAUAAACAAGAAGUCCUUGUUUGACAGGAAGCACUACUUCUAUGCAGACCUCCCUGCAGGCUACCAAAUUACUCAGCAGAGACUCCCGAUUGCUGUGAAUGGGAGCCUGGCAUACAGUGUCUGUGUGGGGAAGAAAUGGAGGCAGGUGAUCACCAAGACCGUGAGGAUCAAGCAGAUCCAGCUGGAGCAAGACAGUGGCAAAAGCCUUCACGAUGAGCUGCGGUCUCAGACACUCAUCGAUUUGAACAGGGCAGGAGUUGGCCUUCUGGAAGUGGUGCUGGAGCCGGACAUGUCCUGUGGAGAAGAGGCAGCAACAGCCGUCAGAGAGCUGCAGCUGAUACUUCAAGCACUGGGGACCAGCCAGGCAAAUAUGGCAGAGGGCCAGUUAAGAGUGGAUGCCAACAUAUCUGUGCAUCAUCCUGGGGAGCCUUUGGGCGUUCGAACUGAAGUGAAGAAUCUCAACAGUGCCAGGUUCCUGGCCAGAGCAAUAGACUAUGAAAUUCAGAGACAAAUCAACGAACUUGAGAAUGGAUGUGAAAUUCUGAAUGAAACUCGCUCAUUUGACUACAAGCUAGGGUGCACCGUACCGAUGAGAGACAAAGAAGGAAAACAAGACUACAGGUGGUUACUCCUCUUGUUUAUGCCCGAACCCAACCUUCCUCCCCUGCUGCUCUAUGACACUGCAUCUCUGCCUGCUGGUGCAGACCCACAGCAAGUGAUCAACAUUGACCGGAUUCGGGAGCAGCUCCCUGAGCUCCCCAGUGAGACCCGAGAGAAGCUCAUUCAACAGUAUGGGAUACUGCCAGAACACAGCUUCGCCUUACUGAAUGAAGUUGGCCUACUGGAGUUCUUCCAGAAUGUGAUAAAAGAAACUAGGGCAGAGCCAAAAAAAGUAACUAGUUGGGUCCUCAACAUUUUUCUGGGUUUUUUAAAGCAACGGAACCUUGCUGUCAAUGAGAGUCCUGUCACACCUUCUGUGCUGGCUGAGCUUCUCAACCUGCUGGACAGAAAAGUAAUUUCUUCAGCAGCAGCUAAACAGGUGUUUGAGGAAUUGUGGAGGAGUAAAGGGAAGACUCCAUCACAGAUUGUUUCAGAAAGGAAGCUUGAACUGAUGCAGGAUGAAGAGGCACUGGAACGGGUGUGCCACGCCGUGAUGGAGGGGCAUCCUCAAGUGGUAAUGGACAUGAAGAAGGGAAACCCCAGAGCCAUAAACAAACUGAUUGGGUUGGUACGAAAAGUAACUCACAACCGAGCAGAUCCUACGGUGAUAAAGGAGAUCCUGGAGAAGCAGUUGUCGUCAUGA